GGGUGGCCCUGUGGAAUGCAGCAAAGGCGUGGCGCCCUCCGCGGGUAGCCCCGCGCCGGCCCCUCCUCCUCACCCGCACCCAGCUCCCUCCAGGCUUAGUAACCGCCGGCCACGCCGCCGGGGGGAGUCACAGAAUCACAUUGGACACUUAUGGUGAGCUGCUUGUCUGCUUGAGUUUCUUCAGAGGAAAAUUAUUCAGAAGACCUUUAUUUUAGCUUUGAAGUAAUAAAUCUUAAAAGCUUCAAUAUUGAUUCAAUGAAAUGAAUGGUUGAAUUGUUCUGAAGAGACUCUGGCAAAUGGACAAAUGCUUCCAUGGUUACGUUGAGCUAUGCAGUAUGGUUACUGAGCUUUGCUGGUUUCCUCCCUCUGCCAUUGAAAUAGAAUAACAAGCCACAGGGAAGCACCACACAUGGAACCUAUGCAGUAAAAUCGAGAACAUGACAUUAAAGUACUCCCAGCCCAACAAAAGGAUGUGGUAAAGUUCAGGAAAAAGAGCAGUGCAAGUGUCUCUCAUCAGGUGUCACUUGGCAGUGGCUGAGUAUUUCUCUGGCAUUGGGUGGCUGGAUAGAAGUCUCCAGAGUGCAGAUGAUGCGAAUGGAGGGGAAAGGCAAGGUUUCAAAACAAAUAAAUUGUUGUUUCUGGUGCUUUCAGUAUUGGUUUACUUGCAGCAGAGCCAUUUUUUGCUUACAGAGUUUUAAUGAUUUCAGAACAAAGGGUAUCCAAACAAACAAAGAAGUGAGCAGCGGGAAGGCAGCAGCAGUCAGGAGAGGGAGGAGAGUGCUGGGCGCUACUCAGAACAGAGGGAGGAGUAGGAGGCGGGAAUGCAUAAUGUGUGAGUGACAGGGGGUGCGCUGGCGGCUGGCGGAGUCCAGAAGACGCAGAUGUUCCUGUCCCAGGGUCCAGGGAUGCCCUCUGCUUCUUUAUUAGUUUAUUUGCUUUUAGCAUUGCUCAUUCAUUUCACAUCUGGAGAAACAGAAGUGAAGUUCAGUGGAGAAACAGAAUUUGUAGUCAAUGAAACAAGUACAACUGUUAUACGUCUUGUAAUUGAAAGGACAGGGAAGCCUGCUAACAUCACAGCAAUUGUGUCGAUUGAUGGUGAAAACACAGGAGACUUUUUUGACACAUAUGCAGCUGCAUUUAUACCCGAUACAGAAACAAACCGAACAGUGUAUAUAUCUGUCUGUGAUGAUGAUCUUCCAGAGGCUGAUGAGACAUUCACAUUUCACUUGACACUACUGAAACCAUCUGCAAGGAUAAAGCUUGGGACUCCCAAAUCUGUCACUGUAACAAUCUUAUCAAAUGACAAUGCCUUUGGAAUAAUUUCUUUUAACAUGUCUGCCUUAAUCACAGUGAAUGAGCCUAGGGGCAGAAAUGAAUUUGUUCUGCUCACUCUAAUCAGGGAGAGAGGAACCUAUGGGACAGUCAUUGUAAGUUUUGAGAUAGAAGAUGGACCAAAUUCAGCUGAAGAAGACUUAUGUCCAGCCAGGGGAAAUAUUACAUUUACCCCUGGGAGAUCAGUAUUGAUUUAUAAUUUAACAGUGCUUGAUGAUCAGGUACCUGAAAAUGAUGAAAUCUUUGUUGUUUGUCUGAAGAGUGUGGAGGGAGGGGCUGAAAUCAACAAGACAAAAAAUUCUGUUUGGAUUAAUAUUAGGAAAAACGACAGUCCUGUGCGUUUUGUUCAGAAUGCUUAUAUGGUGCCUGAGGAAGAUGAAGUGAUAUCAAUCAAAGUGGUUCGUGGUAAAGAUGUCAAUGGAAAAUUAAUUGGACCUGAUGAAGAUGAAGUCUCUGUCAGUUACGCCAUCAUAACUGGGGAUUCAGCUGUACAUGCACAGCUUAAUGUAGAUUUCCUAGAUCUACAGCCAAAUGCAACUCUUGUUUUCCCACCUCUAGUUCAUGAAGCAUAUUUGAAAUUUAAGAUUCUUGAUGAUGCCAUACCAGAAAUUGCUGAGACCUUUCAGAUUGUGCUUCUUAAAGACACUUUGCAGGGAGAUGCUGUUUUGAUUUAUCCAUCUGUUGUUCAUGUCACUAUCCAGCCGAAUGAUAAACCCUAUGGAGUGCUGUCAAUUCACAGUGUUCUGUUCGCUCACACUGUUAUCAUUGAUGAAGACCAAAUUUCAAGGUUUGAAGGGAUCACAAUUGUAAGAAAUGGUGGAACACAUGGAAAUGUUUCUGUUUCCUGGGUUAUAAUCCGAAAUAGCAGUGACCCUUCACCUGUGACUGCAGACCUACUUCCAGAGGCAGGAGAGAUAAGUUUUGAUCAAGGAAAGAUGCUGAUGACACUUCAUCUGGACAUUAUUGAUGAUGAUAUACCAGAAGAGGCAGAGCCUUAUCUUCUGAAACUCCUAGCUUAUACAAUACAGGGAGGUGCAGAAGUCAGUGAGCCAUCUGAGCUUCUGUUUUACAUUCAGGACAGUGAUGAUGUUUAUGGCCUAAUAAAAUUCCAUCCUUUGGAGAAUCAGAAGAUUGAAAGUAAUCCAAUGGGACGCUUUUUAUCCUUGAGUUUUGCAAGGGAAGGAGGAACAGUUGGAGAUGUGCGGUUGGUUUAUACUGCGCUGUAUAUUCCAGCUGGAGCUCUGGAUCCUGAUAGAGCGAAAGGUGGCAUUCUAAAUAUAUCUAGAAGAAGUACUCUCAUCUUUCCAGAAGGAAAAUCAGAAGUUACUAUAAAUAUACCAAUACGAAAUGAUGCAUUUCUUCAAAAUAGAGCUCAUUUUGUCAUACAGCUGGAAAAAGUUGAGCUGCUGAAUAGAAUUCCUCUUGUCCCACCCGUGAGUCCCAGAUUAGGUGAGAUUCGAAAUAUUUCUUUGAGGAUUACUCCAGAUAUUGCAAAUGGAGAAAUAGGCUUUACUAGCAAUCUUCCAAUUAUUCUUUCUGAACCAGAAGAAUUGCCUGCUACAGUGGUUUCCAUUGCAUUGCAUCGAGAUGGGACUGAUGGUCAAGCAACUGUGUUUUGGAGUUUGAGGCCCUCUGGUCCUAAUCACAAGGCAGUUACACAGGAUGAUAUAAGUCCUUUUAAUGGCUCUGUUGUUUUCUUAUCUGGACAAAGUGAUACUACAAUCAACAUUACUGUUAAAGCUGAUGAUAUACCUGAAAUGAAUGAAACUGUGUUAUUAACUUUGGACAGGGUAGAGACAGAGAGGUUUGUCGUGUACUUCGGGGUCAGUGUGGAAAAUCAAAUAUUGAAGUAUGGGUUUACUACUUGUGAGAUCACUAUAUUGGAAAAUGAUGAUCCUGGAGGAGUGUUUGAAUUUUCUCCCUCUUCCAGAGGUCCCUACAGUAUCAAGGAGGGGGAGUCUGUCGAACUGCAGAUUGUCCGCAGCAGAGGGAGCCUUGUCAGGAAGUUUCUGCGAUACACUGUAGAACCAAGGGAAAAUAAUGAGUUUUAUGGAAGCACCGGAAUUCUGGAAUUUAAGCCUGGUGAAAGAGAGAUCAUAAUUACCCUUUUGGCAAGGAUGGAUGGGAUUCCAGAGCUGGAUGAAGCAUAUGCUGUUGUGCUCAGUGGCUACAGUGAAAUGUCAGGCAAGCUGGGGAAUGCCACAAGGGUAAAUAUAACCAUUUUGAAGAAUGAUGAUCCACAUGGUGUCAUUCAGUUUCUACCGGAUGAGCUAUCAGUAACAAUAAAGGAAAGUAAAGGAGAAAUCAUCUAUGCUGCCUCUUACAGACUUGUAAGAAACCAAGGAAACUAUGGCAGUGUUAGUGUGUCCUGGAUUGUUAACCCAGCAUGUACCAAUGACGUUUAUCCAGAACAAGGGACUAUAUUCUUUGAUAAUCUGGAGUUUUCAAAAAAUAUCACGAUUUACUCUCUACCAGAUGAGGUACCUGAAGAGAUGGAGGUAUUCAUAAUCAGAUUAUUCAAUGCCACUGGUGGAGCAAAACUGGGCAAUAUAACCAGUGCAUUUUUACAAAUUACAAGGAAUGAUGAUCCCAUUUAUUUUGCAGAACCUCUGACAGUGAGCAUUACAGAAGGGAGUGUUGCAAACUUUACAGUCCUAAGGAAUGGAUCUGCUGAUACUGUUGUUUCUGUUCAGUAUAUUACUGUUAAUGGAGAUGCAACAGCUGAAGAGGGAGACUUUGUUCCAAGUGAAAAGGAGAAUUUAAUUCUGUUCGAUGUUGGAGAAAGAGAGCAGAUCUUAUCUGUGUAUAUUAAUGAUGAUGAUACCCCUGAAACUGAUGAAGUAUUUUAUAUCUUCCUUUUGAAUUCAACAGGGGAUACUGUUAUCUUUAAUGCUGGAGUGGCUACAGUUAUUAUUGAAGCAAAUGAUGAUCCUAAUGGAAUUUUCUCCUUAGAACCUCUAGAGAAGCCAGUGGAAGAAGGAAAAAGUAAUUUUUUUUUGAUUUUGAGACAUAGAGGACACUUUGGGAAUGUCUCAUUAACCUGGCAGCUGUUUCUUAAUGACUCUGCACUGAAGCCAGGAGAAGAGUUCUAUGAAACAUAUGGGACUGUGUACUUCAUGGAUGGUGAAGGAUCAAAGCAGAUAGUGCUUCAUGCUGUUUCAGAUAAAAUUCCUGAAUUCAAUGAAUUUUACAUUUUAAAAUUGGUGAAUAUUUCAGGUGGAUCUGCUGGUCCUGGUGGGCAGUUGUCUGAAACAAGCCUUGCUGUAACUGUGAUGAUUCCUUUCAAUGAUGACCCUUUUGGAGUCUUCGUUAUGGAUCCAGAGAGUCAGGACAGAGAGAUAGCAGAAGAUGUUCUUUCUGAAGAUGAUCUUUCCUAUAUUACAGACUUCACUAUCUGGAGACAUCAAGGCACUUUUGGUGCUGUCCGUUUAGGUUGGGAAAUACUGUCCAGUACGUUUCAAACUGGGUUACCAUCAAUGGUGGACUUCUUGUUGCUGGGAUCAUUUCCAAGUUCAGUGCAAUCUCGGCCGCACAUGAGACGCCAUCACAGUGGAACAGAUGCUUUGUAUUUCAGUGGAAAAGAGGAUGCAUUUGGAAUUAUUCGUCUGGAAUACCCAUACGAUGGAAAUACUGCAGUAACUAAUUUUACAUUUUCAGCGUGGUUAAUUCCUAAUGCCAAUACUGAUGGUUAUAUAAUUGAAAAGGAUGAUGAUAAUGGGACCUUAUAUUAUGGUGUGAAAAUCCAAACAAAUGAUUCUCAUGUUUCUGUAGUGUUUCAUUAUACAGCAUUAGGAUCCUGUAUGACAUACAUAGCCAAAGCAGCAGUCCUGAAAUAUCUGGAUGAAAGUACGUGGGUUCACAUUCUGAUUACUCUGGAUGAAAGUAUAAUUGAAUUUUACAUGGAUGGAAUUCCAGUUCUAGGAGGAAUUAAGAUCCUUAAAGGAGAAGCAAUUGCUGAUGGUCCAGGAAUAGUGAGAAUUGGAGCAGGAAUCAAUGGCAACAGCAGGUACACAGGUUUAAUGCAGGAUGUAAGACUUUAUGAGAGAAAACUGACACAAGCAGAGAUCUAUGAACUCCAUGCAACUCCUGCAAAGAGUGACGUACACCCUGUCUCUGGGUAUUUAGAGUAUCGGCAAGGAGAAACCAAUAAAUCAUUCAUUGUGUCUGCAAAGGAUGACAAAGAGGAAGAAGGAGAGGAGUUAUUCAUCCUAAAGCUCAUUUCUGUGUGUGGUGGAGCUCGAAUUUCAGAAGAAAACACAACAGCAAGAUUAAGAAUACAGAAAAGUGAUAAUGCUAAUGGUUUAUUUGGCUUCACUGGAGCAUGUAUUCCUGAGGCUGCUGAUGAGGGUUCCACUAUAUCCUGUGUUGUGGAGCGAACAAGGGGCGCCCUAGACUAUGUGUAUAUAAAUUACAUUAUCUCACAGGUUGAUUCCAGGGGCAUUAAUUACUCCAUUAGCGAUUUUUCUAACAGCAGUGGCACUAUCACAUUCCUUCCUUGGCAGAGAUCAGAGGUCUUAAAUUUGCAUGUUAUUGAUGAUGACAUUCCAGAGCUAAAUGAAUAUUUCCGUGUGACAUUAGUCUCUGCAGUGUCUGGAGAUGGAAAACUAGGUUCAACUCCUACCAGCGGAGCAAGUAUAGAUCCAGAAAAGGAAACUACUGAUAUCAGCAUUAAAGCCAGUGACCACCCAUAUGGACUACUGCAGUUCUCAGUGGGGCCACCUCCUCAGCCCAGUGAUGAAAUGAUUCUGCCAGCCUCUGCUGUGCCCCAUAUCACUGUUAAAGAAGAAGUUGGACACAUCAGAUUAUUGGUAGUUCGUGCACAAGGGCUUCUUGGAACAGUUCUUGUGGAAUACAGGACAGUGCCAAUUACAGCUUUCAGUCCUAAAGAUUAUCAGGCUGUUUGGGGCUCAAUGGAAUUUCAGCCUGGAGAAAGAUACAAGUACAUUACUGUUAACAUCACUGACAAUUCUAUUCCUGAACUAGAAAAAACUUUUAAAGUGGAGCUGUUGAACCCAGAGGGUGGAGUUGCUGAGCUCUUUAGAAAUGAUGGAAGUGGUAGUGGUGAUGGAAACAUGGAUUUCUUCCUGUCAACUGUCCCUCAACUUGCUAGCUUGGGAAUUGCAUCCCACAUCCUUGUGACUAUUGAGGCUUCUGAUGAUGCUCAUGGUGUGUUUGAGUUCAGUGCUGAGUCCAUUUCAGUGAAUGGAACUGAACCUGAAGAUGGAGAUAGCAAUAUCGUGCUGCAGGUUGUGAGAAGUCAUGGGACUUUAUCUCAGGUGACAUUGCAUUGGAUCAUAGUCUACGAUCUCACCAACGACCUGAUCUCUACAGAUGGGAAUGUAACGUUUGAUGUUGGCCAAGUGAGAGCAAAUAUUACAUUACAGGUUUCUCCUGAUGAUGUUCCCGAAUUGGAUAAGAUGUUUUCGGUCCUGAUCAUCAAUGUCUCCCUUGGUCGUCUUGGAUAUCAUACAAAUGCAACAUUGACUAUUUUAGCAAAUGAUGAUCCUUAUGGAGUCUUCAUCUUUUCUGAGCGAAACAGACCAAUGAAAGUUGAGGAAGAAACAAAAAAUGUCUCUCUGACAAUUUUAAGAUGCGGUGGUCUCCUUGGUACAGUAAUGGUGAAAUACAGAAGUAUUGCUGAUGAAGAAAAGUUGCCCUUUCUUCCACCUGAUAUUGUCAGAGCAAUAGAGGGAAAAGACUAUAUACCCGUUACAGGUUAUGUAAUCUUUGCAACCAAUGAAAGUGAGGCCACAAUAUCCUUGCCUAUUUUGGAUGAUGAUGAUCCUGAGAGGUCAGAAUCUGUUUUUGUGGAGCUAAGCAGUGUUGUUUUGAUCAGGAAAGUUCAGGAUCGGCCAAUUAUAAAUUCUCCUCGACUUGGUUUAGUGGGUGAGACAAUAGCUCAUGUAAUUAUCAAUGCCAAUGAUGAUGCUUUUGGAACACUUCAGCUUUCAGCUUCAGCUGUGCGAGUUGCUGAAAACUAUGUUGGACCAAUCAUUAAUGUGACCAGAACUGGGGGAAUAUUUUCAGAUGUUUCUGUGAAAUUUAAAGCUAUGCCAAUAACUGCAACAGCUGGUGAGGACUACAGUGUAGCUUCAUCAGAUGUUGUCUUACUAGAAGGGGAAACAAGUAAAGCUGUGCCAAUUUAUAUAAUUAAUGAUAUCAAUCCUGAACUUGAGGAGUCAUUUUAUGUUCAGCUGCUGAACCAAACAACAGGAGGAGCCUUGCUUGGAUCUUUGACAAGGGCAGUCAUAACUAUUGAGGCUUCUGAUGACCCAUUUGGAUCCUUUGUUUUUCAGAACACCGAAUUCACUGUGGAGGAGCCUGAAUUUGGAUCAGUAACCAUAAAUCUGCCAGUAAUCCGUAAUGCUGGGACCCUGGGUAACGUUACUGUUCAGUGGGCUGCUACCAUUAAUGGGCAUCCCGCUGUUGAUGACUUAAAAGUUUCCAUGGGUAAUAUUACUUUUGCUCCUGGAGAAGCCAUUCAGAUGUUGCUGUUGGAAAUCCUGGCUGAUGAUGUUCCAGAAGUAGAAGAAAUUGUCCGUAUUGAAUUAACUCAGGCCUCCAAUGGUGCUGUUAUCGGGCUUGAUGGCAUGGCAAAUAUUGUUAUACCUGCCAAUGAUAAUCCUUACGGCACAGUUUUCUUUCAUCAAUCCUCAUAUCGAAUUCAGGAGCCACUAGAAAGAAAUUUACUUGCAAAUAUAUCAGUCAGGAGAAGUGGGGGAAGGUUUGGUACUCUGCAAAUAUUUUACAGCACUUCUGAGACUGAUGUUGUAGCUCUUGCCAUUGAGCAAGGUGAGGAUAUACUGGCCUAUUACAAGUCUCCUGUACAAGGAAUUCCUGACCAGCCAUCCAAGACCAGAGUGAAUGUGUUAGCAGCAAGUGACCCACUGUAUGCCUGUGCAACUCAGUGCCUAAAAGAACAAGCAUGUUCAGCCUUUGCAUUUUCCAGUGCCUCUGAGAUUCCCCUCUGCCUCUGGCUGACAACAGAGAUCGGGCCAUUAACUAAUAUGUCAGGAUUAUGGACCUACAAGAAAAACAUCAGCAGUACAUCCAUUUUGUUUAGCACACAAGCCAUUGCUGGUAGUGAUUACGAAUCUAUCACAGGACAGUGGGCCAUCAUGCAGGAAGGGGAAGAGUUUGCAAAUCUCACAGUUACCAUACUCCCUGACAGCCUGCCAGAGCUGGAUGAAAAAUUCACUGUAUCCCUGUUGAAAGUUGAACUUUUUAAUGUCUCAGCCAGCUUAAAAAAUCAACCAACUAUUGGACAGCCAAAUACUUCCACAGUUACCAUAAUGAUGAAUGGGGAUGCCUUUGGAGUAUUUAAGAUCUAUAGUGUAAGUCCCAAUGCAACAGAGAACGGUCUAUACAUUGAAGUAGAAGAAUGUCCUCAGGCCAGCAUGCAGCUAAUGAUAGAAAGGACAGAAGGCAGCCUGGGACAGGUGGCAGUGGAAUGGCGUGUUGUUGGUGGAACUGCUACCCCAAACAUGGAUUUUGUGGGUGUUGGUGAGAUUCUAGUGUUUUCUGAAGGUGAAACAAAAAAGAUGGUCACACUUACCAUUUUAGAUGAUCCAGAGCCAGAGGAUAAUGAAAGCAUCAUAAUCAGCCUUGUGCAUACUGAAGGAGGAAGUAGGAUUCUGCCCAGUUUCAACACUGUCACAGUGAUUAUCCUGGCAAGUGACAAUGUGGCAGGAAUCAUUAGCUUCCAGACAGCUGGAAGGUCCAUUAUUGGUCAUGAAGGAGAACAACUGCAAUUCCAUGUUGUAAGAACUGCCCCAGGACUGGGAAAUGUUACUGUUGAGUGGAAGAUAGUUGGACAUAACGUAGAACAAAAUUUUGAAUACUGUUCUGGAAUUCUCAUUUUUCCUGAGGGAAUAUUGAAUACAACAUUAUAUGUCCACUUGCUGGAUGACCAUAUUCCAGAAGAAAAAGAAGAAUACCGGAUCAUCCUAUACAACAUCAAAACAGAAGGUGUUUCGCCUUCUGGUGCUGCUGUUUUGGAUAGUCAAGGCUAUGAAGCCGUUCUGACGGUAGAAGCUAGUGAUGAACCACAUGGAGUACUGAAUUUUGCUUCUCCAUCCAGGGUAGUUUUACUUGCAGAGGAAAACAAAACAGUUCAACUUUUUAUUAACAGAGAAUUUGGAUCUUUAGGUGCUAUCAAUAUUACAUAUGCCACAGUUCCAGGACUGGUCUCCCUAAGUAAUCAGACAGAGGGGAUCUUGGCUGAACCAGGAGCUGAUUAUGUAACUGUUUCUGACUCAGUGAUUUUGAAAGAAGGAGAAACGUCAGCUGCCAUAAAUGUUACUAUUCUAGAGGAUGAUGUACCAGAAGUGCAAGAAUUCUUCUUGGUUAAUUUAACUUCAGUGGAACUUAUAAUGAACCAUUCAACUUCCUCCCCACCUAGGCUGGGUGUGGAAGGUUUAGCUUCUCAAAUUAUUAUCGACGCUAAUGAUGGAGUAAGCGGAGUAGUUGAAUGGGAAAGUACCAAUUUUGAAGUUAAUGAAACUCACGGGAAUCUGACAAUAAUGGCAUACCGAAACAAAGGAUCAUAUGGAAACGUGUCUGUGUUUUUUUAUGCCCAAAAUUUGGAGGCACAGCUGGGUUUGGAUUUUAAUGUGGUCUCAAGGACUCUUUUUUUUGCUGAUGGAGAAAGGACUAAAUCUGUUGUUGUUGUGAUUUGUGAUGAUGAUAUUCCUGAAGGUGUUGAGAAGUUCCAGUUAAUUCUAACGAAUCCAUCAUUUGGCCUGGAAUUAGGGGAGAACACAACAGCCACAAUUACUAUAUUUGCCAAUGAUGAUGGACAUGGAAUUUUGUCAUUCAAUAACAGUGAUCACUUCUUCCUAAGAGAGCAAACAGCUCUCCAUCUGAUGGAAAGUGUUGCAGUAUUAAAUAUUAUUAGAGAACCUCCUCAGGGAAUAUUUGGAACAGUGUCUGUUCAGUAUCUUGUAAGUGAAGUUAAUUCUUCAGAUCCAUCUGUGGAUUUGGCCCCUUCUCAAGGAUACAUUGUGCUGGAGGAGGGAGUCAGAUUUAAGACACUGCGUAUUUCUGCAAUCCUGGAUGAAGAACCAGAAUUGGAUGAGCACUUUAUUGUCACCCUGUUCAAUCCAACUGGAGGAGCCAGACUAGGCACCAGAGUGCAAACUAUGAUUACAAUAUUACAGAACCAGGCUCCACUGGGGCUUUUCAGCAUCUACACACUUGCAAAUAGGACAAAUAUCUUCACAGUUGAAGAAGCGAACACUACAGUUUAUUUGAAAGUUUCACGGAGUAAUGGGCUCAACGCAUCUGUGAGUGUUGAGUGGGAGACAUUGUCGGAUACUGCGUUUGGCAUCAGGGAUAGUAUUAGUGUUCUGUCUGUCGUGCAAAGCUUUGUGGAAGAGUCAGCAGCUGGCUGGUGUUUCUUUGCAUUGGAAAAAAACCUAUAUGGUGUGCUGUUGCGUUCACCUCCAGCUGUCUUUUCGACUCUCUACCAGUGGAAAGGAGUUUUUGUUGCCAUCAAGAAUUUCAGUAUGUGGAAUCCUAAAAGCUGUGUGUCUUUCCAAAUCCAUGCCUCUCCCUACCUUGUGAUUACUCAUGGAGGAAGCAGUCAGGAAGCUUCCAACAACAGUGUAUAUGCAUUCAUGCCUGGACGCAAGCUAUUGAAGCUACAGACCCUCUCUAUUUUGGAUACCACACUUGUCAAACAUUUUGCUGUGGAUGAGGAAUACUAUUUGGUUUUUGUGAGUGAUGCCACCAGUUACAGUUCCAUCCAGGUUUUCCAGUGGAAUAAAGAUAUAUUUGUGCCACAUCAUCAACUUCCACUUUACAAAGCUUUGAGUAUUGCCUUGUUUUCCCGAGGAGGCAUUAUGUACUUAGUAGUUUCGUUGUCAAAUACCAGCCAGAAUGUACUCUUGUACCAAUGGUUGAAUAAUGAGUUUAGGUAUCUUCAUCAGUUACCAGCAAAAGAAAUAAAACACAUGGAGGCCUGGACCUCUGGAUCUGACAUAUAUUUAAUUGUUGCAAAAGAAACUGUAAAUUCUGAAAUUUUCAUCUGGGAGACAGGGCAGUCUACCUUCAGACACUUUCAGUCUCUUCCAGUCUCUGCUGUAAGAAACAUCCAUGUUUUCAUUCCUCCUUCAGGUUUAGUUCACAUCCUACUCUCUGGCAAGGACACAACAGCACUCUACUCUUGGAACUCAGAAGGGAACCAGUUCUCUCUGAUGCUGGAAGCACCAUAUGCAGAUCAUAUCACUUUCACUACUACAAGGUCUCUGAACUCCAGCAAGAGUUUGAUUGCUCUUUCCAUUGAGUCCAGCUCCCAGAUUUAUGAGCUGACAACUAUCUCCAACCAAUCAGAUUUUAUACCUAGUUCAGGUGAAUUGAUAUUUGAGCCUGGGGAUGUGGAAGCUGUGAUAGCAGUCAAUAUCCUGGAUGACAUCAUGCCAGAGGAGGAAGAAUGUUUUAAAGUGCGUCUGAAAAACCCUAAAGGAGGUGCAGAGAUUGGUGUCCAUAGUUUUGUUAACAUAAUUAUUCCUCCCAAUGACAAUGCCUAUGGAGUCAUUGCAUUUGCCCAGAGUUCUUUAUUUAAGCAAAUUGAAGAAAUGGAACAGGACAGCUUGAUCACCCUGAAUAUUGAGCGUUUAAUAGGAACAUAUGGACGAGUUACAGUAGAGUGGAUCACUAAUGGGAGCAUAAAUGAUGUAUUUCCAGCUUCAGGAAUGGUAACAUUUUCUGAAGGUCAGGCCCUGUCCACAAUCACCCUGACAAUUCUGGCGGACAGUGUUGCAGAACUUUCAGAGGCAGUGGAAAUCAUACUCACCCGUGUUACCACUAUGGAUGUUGAAGAUAGCACAAAAGGAGCUGUCAUUGAUCCCGAAAGGGCAAGAGCUGUACUUUGCAUUUUGCCCAGUGACUCUCCACAUGGUGUGAUUGAAUGGCACAUGGAGUCUGUCUUUGUUAAAAUCACAGAGCCAGAAGGGCCGGAGAAUUCAACUACUGUUACUCUACAAAUUGUUCGAGAGCAAGGAUUUGUUGGGGAUCUUGCAGUUCAUUUGAGCACUGCACCAAACUUUGAACUCCCCCUGUCCAAUAGAGCAACAGAAAAUGAGGAUUAUAUACUGGAAAAGAAAACAGUAAUUAUGGCAGAGAAUGCAACAACAACUUCUGUCAUAGUCACUAUUUUACCUGACAAUAUUCCAGAAUUACAGGAAGUAUUUAUAAUCAAUAUUACUGAUGUGCAGCUGAUCACUUCAUCUGAAGGACAGCCAAGUGUGAAGAGGCUUGGAUUAGAAAUAGCUGAAAUAACAAUUGAAGAAAAUGAUGAUGCCAGAGGAAUAUUUAAUUUUAAUGUUACAAAGGGUAUCACUGGAGCUGUUUCUGGUUAUGAGGUACCACCACCACAGAAUGUACUGAAACUCCCAGUUGUUCGACAGGCUGGGAGGUUUGGGUCAGCAACUCUGUACUGGGAAGCCAUUCUUUCAACUGCCAGCUUUGAAGACUUCACACCAUCAUCUGGAAACCUUACCUUUGCAGAUGGGCAGGCUACAGGAGAAAUAGAAAUUACAAUCAUAGAUGACAGUGAAGUUGAAUUCCUUGAGAUAUUUAAAAUUGCCCUGGUGAGGGUAACAGGUGGUGCAAGACUUGGGAAUGACACCGUCGUAACUGUUGCUAUUCCACCAAAUGAUUCACCUGUUGGGGUAUUCAGGUUUGAAGAAAAGAAUGUAACUGUGAAGGAACCUCAGACACCUGAUGACUCUGCUGCAGUUGUUUUGCUCAAUGUAAGUCGAAGUCAGGGAGGAAGAGGAGCAGUUACAGUGUUAUGGAUUCUCGAGGAAGCAGCCAGAUAUGAUCUGACCCCUCUAAAUGGUACCCUUCAUUUCAGUGAGACUGAGUCCCAGAAACAGAUUAUUUUACAUGCAAUACAAGAUGGUCUGCUGGAGGGGAAUGAAACAUUUACCAUUCAGCUAGUCUCUACUGGUGAUGCAGAGAUAUCCCCUGUAAAUGGUGUUGCAGCCAUCACUAUUAUGGGAGAUGAAGGAGCUUCUGGGGUGGUUGGGAUAGCCCAUUCAUCCAAGCAUGUUUUGAUUGGAGAACCUUCAGGAAGUUAUAAUGGAACUGCUCUUGUUAGCCUGGUACGUGGCCCAGGGAUUUUUGGGGAGAUCAUAAUAUAUUGGAAUAUAACACCUCCUCAUCAGACAGAAUUUAUUGAGGUAUCGGGGACCUUGACCAUGCGAGAUAGGCAGUCUGCAGCGGUUGUUCUAAUACAGGCUGUAGAUGACAGCUGUCCUGAGGAAAAGCAUUGCUACCAAUUUCAACUAACCAGAAUCAGUGAUGGAGGACUCAUAAAUGAAUCUAGUAGCACAGCAAAUAUUACCAUGGCCGCCAGUGAUUAUCCGUAUGGAGAGUUUACAUUCUCCCAUGAACUACUGCAAACAACAGAAGAUGAAAAAUGGGUAAACAUCACUGUUGUGCGUUCCAAGGGAUCCUAUGGCAGAGUGCAUCUUUGCUUUCAGAUAAUAAAUGGGACUGCAGAGGAAGGAAUGGAUUUUACUCCCACAGUAAGGGAAAUGGUAUUUGAACCAGAGGAGGAAAGUAAAAUUAUUUUGAUUGAAAUUCAUGAUGAUGACUUUCCUGAAGGUCCUGAAAACUUUUCAGUGAUGAUUAGUGAAGUGGAACUCCAAGGAAGUGGAUUUGAUUUUACUGUAAGAGAGAAUGGUCUACAGGUGGAUCAACCUCCAAUAAUAGGAAAUAUCUCCACAGUAUGGGUCACUAUUGCAAAAAAUGACAAUGCUGAAGGUAUCAUAGAAUUUGAUCCACAGCAUGUCCUUAUACAGGUGGAAGAGGAUGCUGGAUUAAUCAUGAUUCCUGUUCUUCGAAAGCGUGGAACUUACGGCAAUGUCACAGCUGAUUUUCUUUCUCAAAGUAUUUCUGCAAUUCAUGGUGUUGACUAUGUCAUUCAUAAUAAUACUGUAAUUUUUUAUCAUGAACAGAACCAGUCUUUUAUUUACAUAUCUAUUAUAAAUGAUGAAGAAAGUGAAUUUGCAGAGCAAUUUGAAAUCCAAUUGACAGGAGCUACUGGUGGAGCCAUCCUGGGGCUCCACCUGGUGAGCCAGGUCACUAUUGCGAAAAGUGACUCUCCCCAGGGCAUGGUCCGAUUUCUCAACCAAAGCCAAAUAGUUCUUCCCAACCCUGAUGCAACCACAACGGUGUCCCUGGUGGUGGAAAGGACUGGGCGGUUGGUGGAGGCACAAAUUAACUGGGACAUUUUGGGACCCAAUUCAGAAGAGAUUUUGUCUCCUCUGAAUAGUGACAUUGGUGACCCUGUGAAUGGAACAUUCUAUUUUGAAGAAGGAGAAGGAGGUCUGAGAACAAUUAAUCUACAAAUCUAUCCUCAUGAAGAAGUUGAAGUUCAGGAAACCUUCAUUAUUCGACUGAGCCUUAUGAAAGGUGAAACAGAAAUAGAUUCUAAGGCAAACAGCAUUACAUUAAUAAUAGAGAAGUUUGGUGAUCCAAAUGGAAUUGUACAGUUUGCUCCCGAAUCAUUAACUGAGAGUAAUUAUGCAGAACCCUCAGGAGACGAAGGGCCACAAAACAUUACACUGUUUGUCAAACGAAUUCAAGGCAUUCUGGGGAACAUAACGGUUUACUGGGAAAUAUGCAGUGAAUCUGACAUCACAGGUGACUUUCUUGAGACAGAGGGAUUUGUUGUCAUUGCUGACCAGCAGAGUACAGCUGAAAUAAUUAUCUACCUGUUACCUGAUGAUGUUCCAGAACUGGAUGAAAGCUAUGAGCAGUCAGUAUUGGUAGGAAAAGCCCUGGAUCGAUAUGUUCAGAUUAAUGUGACUCGGCAUGCUGGGGCAUUUGGAGAAGUGAUGGUUGAGUACCGUGUCAUAUCCCUUCACGACGAAGCACUAAUUGAACCCAAGAAUGAGGUGGGAUUCCUCACAAUAAAGGAUGGUGCCAGCUUUGGAGUAAAAAGAGUGCCAAUAAGCAACCAGGCAUUUAUUUUACUGGGCUUGAAUUUUACUCUGGAACUUACUAAUGUAAGCCUGGUAAGGGGAAGUGCCAAGGAUGUGCCUAAAAUAUUAGGAACAGCAAAGUCUGCUGUGCUGAUUAUUCCUGAGGAAGCUGCCAAUUCACAGGUUGGCUUUGAAUCUGUGAUAUUGCGACUUACAAACAUUGUUGCAGGGACAGGCCAUGCUGUCAUAACCAGGAAAGGAGUUUAUGGCUCUGUAAUAGUUAGCUGGAUUUCAGGAUGCCCACCAGACUUAGUCAUUGACUCUGUUAAACUAGGCAAUAUUACUCCUCCAUUUGGUACUGUUGUAUUUUCCCUUGGGGAGGAAAGUAAAGUGAUUUCAUUUCAGGCUACUCCAAGCCUAAAUAAAUCUGAGACAUUUGCCAUCACUUUAACAGCAGUGCACAGCAAUGUGUCUGGUGGGGCUCGCCUGAGAUCAGGAUUUACAAUAGCUAAAAUUGAGCCAAUGGGGAUCUUCCAGUUUGAUCUUAACUCAAGAUCAGUUUCAGUUGAAGAAGAUACCCAGGUAGUCAGACUACAUGUCCAAAGAUUGUUUGGUUUUCAAAGUAAUCUCACUAAGCUGACAUUUCAGACCAUUCCAGGAAGUGCCAAACCACUAGAAGACUUUAUACCCAUCUACAAUGGAGAGCUUAUGUUUUUACAUUUUCAGACAAAUGCAGUGAUAGAAAUAUCAAUAAUUGAUGACACUGUGUCCGAAAUACAAGAAUUUUUUUUUGUAAAUUUGACUUCUGUGGAAAUUCUGGAUGUUCAACCAGCAAACCUUGACUGGAGUCCCCGUUUGAAUCCAACUUUCAGUGUUGCAACAGUUAAUAUCCUGGCUAAUGAUAUUCAUCAUGGAAUACUAAGUUUGGGGCCAGAGUUUAUUUAUGUUGAAGAAGAUACAAAUAACAAUACCUCCAACACAGCAGUGCUUCAGAUCAGAAGGACCAAAGGAUUUACUGGUGAUAUUAAAAUUACUGUUAAAACUUUCGGGGGAGCGAGUGCACAGAGAGGAGUAGAUUUGUAUCCUUUUGGAGAAGUUUAUGGAAAAUCAAACUUCACAUGGGCAAUGGAAGGAGAAGAUUUUGAAGAACAGACAAUCUCUCUGACUUUGCUGGAUGGAGAAUUUGAAAGCCAGGUGUCCAUAAAAAUUUUUGAUGAUGAUGAGCCUGAAGGACAGGAAUCAUUUUAUGUUUUCCUCUCAAAUCCUGAAUAUGGAGCUCAGAUUGUAGAAGGAAAGGAUGAAUAUGGAUUUGCUGCUUUUGCAAUAGUAAUUAUUGCAGGAAGUGAUCUCCAGAAUGGCAUUUUGGGAUUCAUUCCAGAAGUACAAAGUGGCCUGAUACUUGAUGAAGACUCAGAAAACAGAGAGGUGUUGCUGACUGUUACCCGGCAACCAAACAGGGCUUUUGAAGAUGUGACGAUCUUCUGGCGUGUGACCUUUAAUAAAACAGCUGUUGUCCUUCUGAAGGAUGGUGUGAACUUGGAGAAUGAGCUUGUAGCUGUGCUGGGAGCCACAACCUGUGUGGCAGGUCAAACAAUGUGCAACAUCUCUAUUGAAAUAAAACCUGAUCAUGUACCAGAAUUUGAAACUUAUAUUUUUGUUGAGCUGUAUGCUGUAAGCACAGGAGCUGCUUUGAACAACAGUGCCAGAUUUGCUUUUAUUACUGUCCUGGAAAGUGAUGCUCCUCAUGGUUUACUGUAUUUUGCUGUGGGAUCUCGAUUUGCUGUUGCUUAUAAGAAUACAGAUUUAAUCAGUCUGCAAGUUCUUAGAGAUUCUAGUACAUCAGUAACCACAAUGGUUACCUACAGUAUGCAGGAACUACAAAAACCUGAACCUAUUGGACGGACCUUCAUAUCUCCAGCUGUGGCAGGACAAGAUUUUGCCAGAUCUGAAGGUUUAUUGACUUUUGCACAUGGACAGAGAAAUGCAUUUCUGGAUGUGACCCUGACUCCAAAGACAGGAUCUUUAAACCCAUUUCCUAAACGUUUCCAGGUUGUACUUUCUAAUCCCACAGGUGGUGCCAAGAUAGAUGAUGCGUAUGGUAUUUCGAACAUUACCAUUGUCUCAGAUUUGGACUCCUUGCCAAUUUGGGGACUGAUUGAUCAACUGCAUCAGCCUCUUGAUGACACCAUGUUACACAGAAUCCUUCAGAAUCUGAAUGUCAAAGUGGCUACAGAAACUACAGAAGAGCAACUUACUGCUGUAGUACAUAUAAUAGAUAAGGUUACAGGUGUAGGUGAAAAACUGUUACUCACUGAUAAAAGUAGAAGUCUUUUCUAUGACAUACUCUGUGCUCUGGCUAGCCCAAAACGCAAGGACACACAAGGAUAUAGCCUGCUUGCUGAGGUGACUGAGAAGUUUGCUUUUUCUCUGUUGGCUGGGAUAAAGUGUGGAUCACCAGGAGAAAGAGGCAAAAAUGUCCUUGACAGCUGCCCGUAUAUUGCAAUAAUGGCUCACAACUGGUUUCCUCAGCAAAUCAAUGGACAUAGAUUUAAUGGAAAAGAUGGAGAUUCUAUUCAAGUACCUGAACAUCUACUAGAGGUCUCUGUAGUAUUAUCAUCUCCCCAAGAAGAGAAAUGUGAAUCCGUACAGUUCACAGAAUACAGCAGUCAGCAGUGGUUCCUUACUGGAGAUAAAGAACUUGCUCUGAAGAACAAGGUUUUUUCAAUGAGCUUGAAGGGUCAGAGUUCACAGCCUUUGAAAGAUAACAGUGAAGUCAUUUAUCGUAUUUAUGCUGAAGGAAGUCGGAUUGUUCCACAGACGUCUCUAUGUCUCCUCUGGAAUCAAGCUGAUGAAAGCUGGCUGUCUGAUAGCGGUUUCUGCAAAGUGGUUGAUGGCACAUCAGAUUAUGUGGAAUGCUCCUGUUCUCAUAUGUCCAUUUAUACAGUUUAUGCCCAAACCGAUAACUUGUCUUUAUACAACGAGGCUUUUUUUUCUUCUGGAUUCAUCUGUAUUUCAGGUUUCACUUUGGCUAUCAUCUCCCACCUUUUCUGCACCAGGUGUGCCAUGUUUGCAGCUAAACUUCUCACUCAUAUGAUGGCUGCUUGUUUGGGUACUCAGGUUUCAUUUCUGGCCUCUGCUUACAUGAGCCAGCAUAUCUCAGAGGAAAGCUGCUUUGCCCUUGCGUCUGUUACCCAUUACCUUUACCUCUGCCAGUUCAGCUGGAUGCUUAUUCAGGCAGUUAAUUUCUGGUAUGUCCUUGUGAUGAAUGAUGAACACACAGAAAGGCGUUAUCUGCUUUACUUCCUUUUGAGUUGGGGGCUUCCAGCUUUUGUUGUUAUCCUCCUUCUAAUUAUCCUGAGAGGAAUUUACCAUCACAGCACCGCACAGAUUUAUGGCCUUGUCUACAGUGAUCUGUGUUUCAUUCCAAAUGCCUAUGCUGCUCUCUUCACCGCUGCUCUGGUGCCAUUAAUGUGCCUGGUGGUGGUUUUUGUGGUGUUCAUCCACGCUUACCAGGUGACUCCUCAAUGGAAGGCAUAUGACGAUAUUUUCAGAGGAAGAACAAAUGCAGCAGAGAUCCCCUUGGUCUUGUACCUCUUUGCCCUGAUUUCCAUCACCUGGCUGUGGGGAGGACUGCACAUGGCUUACCAGCACCUCUGGAUGUUAGUCUUCUUCAUCAUCUUCAACAGCCUGCAGGGUCUUUACGUCUUUGUGGUAUAUUUUAUUCUGCACAACCAACUUUGCUGUCCUGUGAAAGCAAGUUACACUGUUGACAUGAAUGGGCAUACAACUCCAGGAUCAGCAUUUUUCACACAUGGCAGUGGUCUGCCAGCUGUGGGAGGAGAGAUCAGCAAGUCCACACAGAACCUCAUCAGUGCUAUGGAAGAGGUGCCUGCAGACUGGGAGAGAGCAUCCUUGCAGCCUGCUAGUCAAGCUAGUGCCUUUAAGCAGAGUCCACAAAAUGGUAAUGCUUUCCACCCUUCUGGAGGAUUCAGUACCGGCUCAUUAGUUGCUGAUGAGGAAUCACAAGAGUUUGAUGACCUAAUAUUUGCUUUAAAGACUGGUGCAGGUCUCAGUGUCAGUGAUAACGAGUCUUGUCAUGGCAGCCAGGAUGGUGGCAGCAUGGCUAACUCCCAGAUCGUAGAGCUUAGAAGAAUACCCAUAGCUGACACUCACCUCUAACUCCACAGCUUGCUUGGGUUUUUGUUGUUGUUGUGGUUUUUUAUUCAAGCCUCAGUAUUUUUAUAUUUGUACUUCCUUUUGCACUAAAACACUAUAUGAAACUGUA